GAAGUUAUGAAUAAAGUAGUUAGUGAGCUUGAAGGUGUUGAAGUUUAUCAAGAUGAUCUUAUUGUUCAUGGUUUUGAUAAGGUAAUUCAUGAUAAGAGACUUAUUGCUUUAUUACGUUGUUUAAUUGAGAAGAAUAUUACAGUGAAUCCAAAUAAGUGUUCAUUUUAUGCAUCUAUUUUUGAAUGUCUUGGAUACCUAGAUGAUGGUAAUGGUUUAAGACCAGAUAUGAAACGACUAGCUCCACUGACUAAUGCACCGUCUCCGAAAAAUCUUACAGAAUUACGUUCACUAGUGGGUGCUCUUCAAUACUAUUCCCGUUUUAUUCCUAAUUUUUCUUGUCGUGCAAAUUGUUUAUUUAAUAUUUUGACAUCCAAUUCAUUCAAAUGGGGUGAGGAACAGGAGUCAUGCUUACGAAGUCUACUAAAGUUUCUUCGAAGUGAUGCUGUUCUUCGAACUUACUCCCCUAGUGUACAUUCUGUGCUUAUUACUGAUGCAUCACCUGUGGGUAAUGGUGCAGUUUUGGAGCAGGAAGGUAGACCAGUUAUUUGUGUUUCACGCAAACUUACUAUUACUGAACAAGGUUAUUCACAGACUCAGCGGGAAGCAUUAGCUGUGUUUUGAGCUGUCAAAAGACUUCAUAAAUAUCUAUUCGGAAAGAAGUUCACUGUUGUUAUUUAUCAUGCAGCUUUAAAGUUGAUUUAUCAUCCUGAAAAAUCAUUAGCACGUUCCUCAGCUGCUAUGGUUCAAUGUUGGAGUAUUGCUUUGAGUGCAUAUGAUUAUACGGUUCAGCACAAAAGUGCCAAACAGAUUUAACAUGUUGACUACAUUUCUCGACAAUCAUUACAGGAUAGAUCUGCUAAUACUUCAGACUGUUUGUUAGUGCAUCCUUUACCAGAUCUCAUUAGAGGAACUCGUAGAUACUUUGGAUGUAUACUCAGGGCUAUAUGGAAAGGUUGGAAUGCUAAUCUAAAACGUAGAUUCCCUGUCUAUUUUUCAAAGCGGAAUGAGCUAUCCACCACUCCCGAAGGUAUUUUGUGUUUAAAUGGUUGUGUUGUUAUUCCUCCUUCAUUGCGUAAAUCUGUCCUUGAAGAUCUUCAUAGUCGACAUUCAGGUGUUGAGAAAAUGAAGUCCUUGUCAAGGCUCACAUAUUGGUGGCCAGAGAUAAAUGCAGAUAUCUGUUGUACAGCGAACAACUGUGAGAAAUGUCAUCAGUUGAAAAGUCAUCCUUCGAAGUGGACUCCAUGGCCAGUAUCGUCUGGGGCCUGGCAGAAAAUUCAUGCAUACUAUUGUGGUCCGUUUCUUGGCAAAUACUAUGCACUUGUAGUCAUUGAUUCUUUUUCGAAAUGGCUUGAUUUUUUUUCACAACUUCACCAAAUUCUGACCUCGAAAUCCAAGCAUUAAGAAAAGUGUUUGGUCGAAAAGGGGUUCCCAUGGUGCUGAUGACCGAUAUUGGCUCUCAUUUUGCUGCGGAUGCAGUCACCACCUGGUUGAACGGUAUAGGUUUCAAACAUCUGUUUACUGCUCCCAGACAUCCUUGUUCUAAUAAUCAGGCAGAAAAUUUUGUCAGGACAUUGGAAAUUGCUAUUGAUUCUAUUGCCGCGUCAACAGUCAAUGAGCUGGAGAGGGGAGUAGAUACCUUUCUACUGCAAUAUGGAAAUGACAGACAUUCGGUAACGAAAAAAACUCCAUCAAAGCUAUUAAAAGGAAGAAUUCUUCGGUCGAAUAUGAGAUGUUUGGAGUCCCCUGAAGUUACAUAUUAUCGUGGAAAUGAUCUUCGACCAUCUACGGGGAUUGUGCUGAAGAAUGUCGUGAAAUCUAUGAUACGAAUCCUAGUACAUUCGUUUGUGCUUACCUAGUACUUCUUGAUCUAAUUGCCUUAUUUCUGGGAUUCUUAGUUUGUACUACAAUUCAAAUAUUCCUAAUCAUCAUAAUUUUACUUGCUAAUCCCUCAACACUUUCAUUCCUUUUUCCCAGUCCAUGUCGUCCAUGAUAAACUUAUAAUUUGUGUCGUGAUUGGAGUUUGAUAUCGAGAAUGAGGUACGACGUAAUAGGCCAC